CUUAGGUAUUAAGAAUAUAAAAAGAGAUCAAAGUACUUUCAUCUCCCAUCUAUAAAAAUACCCUUCAACGCUUCUACAAACUUAUUAUUUCCAUAGCCUUCCGAUUUCUCCAAGAACGAUCCGUCGUCUUAUAUUUCAAUGGAACAGUACUCUCUGGUUGCUUCCUCAACAUUUGUUCUCAAGGUAAAUAUCAGCUGCCGUGGAUGUGAGACACACAUCGAAAAAGUGCUGCAAAAAAUUCCCGGAGUAUGCCCUGAUUCAACGGUGAUAGAUGCAGAGAAAGGAAGAGUUACUGUUUCAGGCUUUGUAGACCCUCAAACCGUAAUAAGGGAGCUUAGCAAUGCUGGGAAAAUAGCAGAGCUCUUGCAGAUUGUUUCACAGUCAGAAGUGCAUGUCAAAAUUCCAUGGGGCCAAGUUGUUUUCGUUGACCCAGUUCGCUUGUUGGCAAAUAAUCUGGGGCAGAUCCUGAAUAAUAUUGAACGCUUGAAGGAAGUGGAGGUGACCCGUGACAGUGUGAAGAUGUCUUUCUACGAUGAGUCAAGUGGUGGAAACAGGAAAGAUGGUGGUAGAUCUCGUGGCAGUGGUGGUGGUUGAAGAUGGUAAUGGGUGCUACUGGGUGCAUGACAAUCUUAAGUAUUAUUUUAUGCUCAUGUGAGGUGUUUUCAUUUGUUUUGCUUGGUUUGUCCUCCAGAAUCUUGGUUCUAUUAUUGAUGUACUUGUUAUUUGGUUAUUAAUUAAUGCCUGAUUAUUGUUCCCUCUGUCCUUAUCCUUUGUCCACAUCUGCCGUAGCCAUAGCUCUAUCAUUUGUUUUGCUUGGUUUUUGUGAGUUUAUGGAUGUUUAGACUUGUUAUUUGGUUAUCGUUACCGUUAUUAAUUAAUGCCUGAGCAUUCCUCCCUAUC